CUUAGCGCGGAGGCCGAGCAAAGAUGGCGGCAUCUGAGGCGACGGGGAGAUACAGGAGCGCGAUGAGCAAAACCAAGGACCCCUCCGGCCUGCUCAUCUCCGUCAUCAGGACACUGUCCACUAGUGAUGAUGUUGAGGACAGAGAACAUGAGAAGGCUCGCCUGGAGGAGGCGUAUGAAAAAUGUGACCGUAAUUUGGAUGAGUUGAUUGUUCAGCACUACACUGAACUUAUGACUGCCAUCUGUACCUACCAGAGCAUCACUGAACGCAUCACCACUUCACGCAACAAAAUCAAGCAG